UCCCAAGAUGUUGAACUCGAAGAAAGGAGAAGCGCACAAUGAAGCAACCACUAUCAAUACUCUGAUUAUAUUUGCUAAGGCCUCAAUACAACAUAAUCAAGACUUUGAUAUUGGAAGUGAUGUUUGGUCGCCUGUUGUGGAAAUGAUUAUCAAAUCUUCAAACAUCCAUAACCCAUCUUGUCAAUUAUCAGCCUACAAUGGUCUAAUUGUAUUAGCUGCAUAUUUAACUCAAGAACAAAGAGCAAUUAUCUACGAAGGCUGUGAGGAUGCUCUCAAAAGUGAUGAAAGUGUCAAAGUAAAAUGUAUAGAAUUAUUGAAGAAAUUAGCGAGAAUUCAUCCAAGUGAGAUUAUGGACAAGGUAGUGGACACAAAAUUGAAGUUAACUAGCAAUGAAGAUACAAAUCAUCAGAUGCAAGACUGGCAAACUGAAACAUUGUGUGGGCUGGUCAUUCUACCACAAUUUGUUAAUGAAGUCUGUGGUCUUUUGAUGGAUCUCAUUGAAAACAAUCCAAAAUCAGCACCAAAGAUAUUGAGCUGUCUGAGGAGUCUUCUAACAAACGAAGAAGUGCUGGAGAAUGAAGGCCAAGUACUUGAGGUGAUUUGCAGACUGUGUUUGAAACGUCUAGUCGAGUGGUGGCUGGAAGGCUUCCACAAACUGGACAGCUGUCAUCACAAUUCAACUCUUCAAGAUGUUGCUGUUGUCAUUGAAAAUCUAGUCAAAUCUCAGAGCUCUUUGUUACAAGCAGAAGUUGUGUGCCCACUAGUUGAGACAGUCAUUACACCUAGGGGCGCUGAAGGGGAUGGAUCAAAUUACAAGGACAUCUUCAAAAAAUCAAAACAUUCAGUAAUCAUUCUUCAAGCUCUUCUUGGUUACGUUCAACCAAAUGUAAAAAUAAAACAUUGGUUGCCGUUAACAACUUCUCUUGCCGAUGUGGCUUUUUCUGAAAAAGAUGCGUUGAUACGGGAUUCUGCCUCAGAACUCUUAGCCACAUUGAUCAAUAAGCAGCAAAAUGAUGAAGUUCUGGCAACUAUUUUAGGACACACUGCCAAACAUUUAGAACAAAAACUUGCAUCCCGAGACAGCAAAUCGAAAGUGAAUGCAGUGAAAUUGCUAUCAUGGGUCACCAAGUCAUUGGUUCUUCGGGGUCAUGGAUUGAUGGCCUACUGGAUUGAUAAGCUUACCGAUCAACUAGCUGAUUGCAAGGAGCCAGGGCGCGAAGCAGCUGACGGCUUUCGACUCAUUGUUGAAGAAGAUAAACUGUUUUUAAUCGCAAAAAGUAACUCCAUGUUGAGGAUAUUCUAUCGGCAACGAUUUUUCCAAAGAGCUCUAUCAUUGGCCUCAAUGAGUAGGACGUGUUCCCGAGCCUGCAAGCCUAAUUACCUCACUGCUCUAGCCUAUCUAGUUCAGUCUGUUCCGAAAUCGGUUCUACUACCCAGUCUACGACAGAUUAUGAUACCACUGGUGGAGUCGCUGGAUGAAGGGGAAGAUAAGCUGGAGUUGACCACAUUAAACACGCUCUCUGGCCUUCUAGCUGAGAAGGAGCCAGCACUUCUGUCCUACACUGAUACGUUCAUCCCGCGAUUUCUCAAGUUAGCAAAGGAAUCACAUUCCAUGAAAGUUAGAAUCGGAGCACUGGAAUGUUUGAAGUUCUACGCAAGCUACCCACCUGUUCAAAUCGUUCCAUACGUCGAAGAUGUUACCACAGAACUGCAACCAUGCCUAGACGACAGAAAGCGCCUGGUGCGCUUUGCAGCAGUCAAUGCGAGGUCUGCCUGGUUUCUCGUCAACCAUCAUCUAGAAACACCAGAAUAGAAAGAAUAAUUUAGUAAAAUUACAGAAACUUUGAUGUUGUUUGUAUCAGUGUCAUCCCUCCAAUCAAUAUAAUAUAGUGUAUGUAUGUUGUGUACAUUGUACCGUACACAGUUACCCAACAUUGUGUCUGUUUUAUUCAGAUUAUCGUUAUUUUUGAUGAGGAAUUGCACCACUACAUUCCAUUGAAUGGAAGAUGUUCGAAUUAUAUCAAACCACUAUCAAUGAAUAGAUAUCAGCUAUUUUAAAUAAAUAUGUUUAGUUGUUU